AACAGGAAUCGAUGCAGAGGUCCAGUGGCGAGGUGGAUGUUACGGUGGGAACAGGCGCAUUGUGGUCAGGCUGAGAAGAGAGUCAGUGUCGAUAGAGUGAAGGUACGCGGGUUGGAAGCUUUGGCCCUUCACCUUCGCAGCUCGCCAAGACGACCCUCGACGUAUCACCACCGUCGCCCAUCCACCCUCUCUAGCCUGUACACAUUUGCACAUCCCCGCAAAUGA